CGCCGAGAUGAGAACGACUUGGAUCAUGACUGUUUCCUGAAUGUUUCGGUGAUCAGGUUUCAUUUGGUGCUUGACAAUAGUGCCAUAAAUUUUAUCAAUGGCUUGUUUAGCUAACCUUAAACAAGACAUAAAGCUCUUGGAAUCUACUUUUCCUAAAGACCACGAACGAUUCCAGAUCUGUUCAGCAUCUGUCGACGAACUGACUUGUCGAUUCGUUGGCCAAAAUGGAGAGCACUUUGACAUUCAGGCUAACAUAACGGAGACAUACCCUCAGACGGCACCCAUAUGGUUCAGUGACUCUGAUGAUGCUAGUUUAUCAGCUGUCAUUGAAAAUAUGGGUGAUGUACCUCCUCAUCAUUUCAAUAUUGUCAGUCAGGUUAAGAUGCUGGUUGAAGGGUUAUGUCAGCUUCAUGAUUUACCAACAGGGUCAGAACUGGAUGUCUUGGAAGAUGCACUUGAGAAAAAGGGAAUUCCACGACGAGUAGCCAUAGAGGCUACAGAGUCCAUGUCUGAAGAAGAAGAGGAAGAAGAUGAAUUUCACUAUGACAUGGAGGAGGAAACAUCUGGAGAGCAAAAAGCCAAAGAAGAAGUGGAUGGCAUCAGUGUGGCCAACCUGGAGGUUCUGGAGAAGCUGAAACAGAAUCAGAGACAGUCUUAUUUAAAAGGUUCAGUAACGGGCUCAGUACAAGCAACAGACAGACUGAUGAAAGAGCUCCGUGACAUAUACAAAUCAGAAAGCUACAAAAAAGAAAUUUACUCCGUAGAACUAGUCAAUGACUGCUUAUAUGACUGGAACAUUCGUCUCAAAAAAGUUGACCAAGACAGUCCGCUUUAUGCUGAUCUGCAGUCUUUUAAAGAGAAGGAAGGAAGAGAUUUCAUUCUUCUCAACUUCACAUUCAAAGAUACAUUUCCUUUUGAUCCACCGUUUGUCCGUGUUAUUAGCCCAGUGGUGUCAGGCGGUUAUGUUCUCGGAGGUGGAGCCAUAUGCAUGGAACUUUUAACCAAACAGGGUUGGACCAGUGCAUAUAGCAUAGAGUCAGUCAUUCUGCAAAUAGCCGCCACACUUGUCAAAGGAAAAGCACGUAUUCAGUUUGGGGCCACCAAGACACAGUACAGUCUUGCUCGAGCACAACAGUCUUUCAGAUCCCUUGUUCAAAUUCAUGAAAAAAAUGGUUGGUUCACUCCUCCAAAAGAAGAUGGCUAAUGUUGGCUCAUCCUCUCUAUUGGUGUAUGUUUGAUUUGGUUGAGAUAUUUGGAACCUACCAUAAAGCAGCGUGGCAGAAAGGUGUGUUAAGUCAGCAAGAAACAACCAUUUUUCAGCAUUCUUCUGGAUGGGGAUUUUACAAGUCAUGUGCACUCAACAAAAAACAUCAGCACUGGCAUAUUUUUGGUUUAGGGAAGACACGACCAAAACUUGCCAUUUGUGCAAACAUUGUGUUCGACUGUGCUUAAGAUUUCCCUCGGAGUAAAUUCUGCUUGGUGUGGUUUCACUGUGCAACACUGGAAUGAAUUACUGUGGAACAGCAAUGCAAAAGCUGGGGGUUGGGGGGUAGUGCAACCCUGGCCCAUGCAUGGACUUCGGUCAUUCGUCACAGGACAACAGUGUGUGUUAUAGCUGCUCUCUUGUCUCUGGAUACCCAGUUCUGUUUUGCUUCCCUUACAAGUCUUUGUUAUCAGUGCCUCCUGCCAUUGUGGAGUUGAGUGCAUGCUGGUGUGUGCAAGCAAAGGUGUGCAAGUCUUGUUUCUUGUGGAACUCUGCAAGUGGACAUAAGGAGAAGACGAGCUGGUGUACUUCAAAAUGGUUUUAAAAACACAGAAUGCUGAUGUUACUAUAUUGAUGUUGGCCACCCGCCCCACCCCAUAUCCCUAGCUAUUUGACUUUCUCUUGUCUCCUUCCCACCCCCCCCCCCCCAUGAAACUUUUUUUUUCUCCAUAAAAUUAUAUGGUUAUAUUUAGUUGCUUAAUUAUUUCACAGGGAAUAAGGUACCAAACAUCUAGUGGCAUUCUUUUUAUUGUGCUUGAACCUCAACAUCUCCAGGAAAGAUCUGGAUUUGUGAUAAUAUGCAUACCUUCCUGAUUAGCAGAUAAUGGAAGUGAGUCUAAAUUGAUGUUCCUACACAGAUUACCUCCUUGUUUGAAAGCAGUUUACUUGAGUACCUGAUAGUCAUUACUGCUUGUCUGGUCUGCACGAUAUUCCUGGUCCAUGAAUGUGUUUAACAGCUAGGGAGUGCUUAAUAACAUACAUAAAAUCAAUUGUAAAAAUGCAUUAAAAUUUUUAAAAUGCUUUAAGUAGGGAGACACCACCAAGAUUGCUUGGCUUUGAUUUUGAGCUGGUGCAGCCUCUGUCCCUUCACUGCCUCAUCUGAUAAAGAACUUUUUCUUUUGUAGUACAAGUUAUUCUUAAUCUUGAUUUUAAAAAAAAAUUAUGGAACAAACAGUUCUUUCAAAAAGGAUCAUGUGUACUUGUUGACUCGUCUGGUUGUUGAAUGACUGGCAUCUUUUCCAUGCUUUAGUUCGAGCUAGCCGUAAAUGCUAUUUUUCACAUUACAUUUGCACACCUAACAUAAAGCACAUGCACACAUACUCAGGUAUGUAGAUUAUCAUGGUCUUAGAUUUUUUUUAAUAUCCCCAUUUCUGGAAUUGAUUUGAUACGUGUAUUACUCUUCUGCCUAUGGUAACAUCAUGGUUUCGCAAGUAGGUUAAUUGAGGAAAUGUGUGUAAAUUGAUAGACUGCAAUGAGUAAAUGUAUUUUAGCAAAAAAAUGUAUGGUGAAUCAUUGUACUAAACAGCCUAUUUAAUCUUAUUGAAAAUCUUGAGAAUGGAGGCUUGGAAGUUAGAUUACAAAUGUAGCAAAUGUCACAUUUUGUUCUGCAGUGGUGUUUGUUUUUAUAAAACAGUUUUAUAACAGUGCUUAGGAAUAUUUCUGUAAUGCGGGAGGUUGAAAGAAAUGUAUUUUUUGCUAAAUCUGAAGGUUUCUCAGAUUUAUAAAUAUAAUUGCCACCAAUUAUGAUCUGCCUUUUUCAUGUGAUGAAUCCUACUUUUGAAACAAUGUUUUUCACUUUCUCAGCUAUUGUAAAUGUUCAAAAGGUUUGGUCCUUCUGCCCUAAGACCAAGUCUAUGCAAAGUAUCUAAGUAGAAAUUCUUGACAUUUCUUAAUGUCUCCAUAUACAGGCAGUCCUCAACACGAUGUUGUUCCGUUCCUAUGUCGCAUCGUAAACCGAUUUUCACUUUAAGUCAAAACAUACUGUACGUAAAUAACAUAUUGUAAGCACUUAUCCUAUUCUAACACAGUAAUUAGCAAAAAACACAUAUAAAAUAGGUUUAAUUCUUCCGCUGCGCACACCAGACACGAAGUUCGUGUUACAAAGUUUAUGACGCAAAACCACUCAAGUCAAAACAAGGCUUUAUACAGUAAAUGGGAGAUGUGUUGUAACCAUGAAACAUCAUAACUCGGGACUGAUGUAACCUGAGGACUGCCUGUACGUUAGCAUUUUAUUUCAGGUAUUCAGUAAAGGUUCAUUUUUCACUCAUGUAACCCAAGAAAAUAUUUUUUCUUUUUACUGUUUGUUUUUCAUAUGUGACUGACAUUCAGGUAUGCCUGCUGUCUCAUAGACUUUAAUGUUAUUGCCAGGCAUUCAGUGCUUAUAAGACCAAAAAAAAGGUUGAGGUGGGGGGGGGGAAUGAGAGGUAGGGUGUUUUGGUGUAAGGAAUGAACCCCAGAAUAGUCAUCUGAAGUGCUACAGUUAUCUAGCAUUUGUAAUUUGAAUUGCCCGUACUUAAAAUUGAAAUUAGAAGAAAGAAGACAAGGACCCUUGAAAAUUUCUUCAUUCAGAAACAGUCCCAAGUAGAAUGGUUUCUACCAUAUUUUCUUUCUGAUUUUGAUUUUUUCUUAAAGAAUACUCUUUUCCUUGACCUCUGCAGAAGUUGUUUCAAAUUCAGCUCCUGUGGCACAACUGUUAAGUGCUUGUGACUAGUACAGUGAGAAAUUGGUGUUCUCAUUUCAGAUCUCAUCUCAGGCAUACAAUUUUGUUUUUGCUUUUGUUUUUUUAUCUGCAUGUGGCUCCUAAGGCCAACUGCUUUGUCAUGAUUUAGUUAAAGGCUUUGUGUAAAACGCUGAUUUCACCAACCCCUGGGUAAGGUAUUUAAAAAUUUUCUUUUCACUAUCUAAUAAAUACAUGCACAUUAUUAAUAGUUUCUUAUUACAUAGACUUUUUAUUGAGUAAUUCCAUAAACUAUGUAAUUUUUGUUUUCUUGAGUCUCAUAUUAGAAAACAGGCUGCACUAUUUUCAUUGAGGAAUUUCUGUCUAGCAUCUUCGAUUUCUGAAGGGAUUCAGGGGUGGUGCGAUGGCACAAUAGUUAGCACCUAUUACCUCAUCUUGGGCACGGGCACACUGUUCUUUCUUUGCAUGUGGCAUCUGUUUACAGUACUUGCUGUUUUGCCACGAUAUGGCCCUAGUUGCUGGCUCGGUGUAAAGCACCAACCCCCACAACCCUCAGAAGGGAUUCAUCAGAUUUUUACAACAAACAUCGAGUCUGUCAUUUAUUAUUCAUUUUUUUUCUAAUAUGUGUGAAAUUGCUUUUUGAGGGUAAAUUAUACCUUUUGUGAUACUUUAAGGUAGGGUUUUUAAGGUAGGGUUAGCUUUUAACCAGGCAAUAACAUUGAUCUUUGUCAUGCUUUCAGAAUAGGUCAUUUCUAACAGCUGCUGCAUGUUCUAUUAGUCUGUUAUUUUGUUUGAAUAACGAUUAGCAUUCAUCAAAAGAUAGCAGUUUUUCUUUAGUUUUUCUGCAUUUUUAUUUAUUUACAUCUUUCCAAGCUCACAUUAAUAUCUGUCUGUUCGCAUGCUUGCCAUUUAUUGUAGAGACUUAACUCUCAAGCCUUAGUCAUACUCUGAGCAUGCAAAUUUCUGCAGGUGCUAGAAAUUGAUGGUUGUGUUAUAUGCAUGCUCAAAUAUCAAAGUCUGCAUGCACACAUAUAUCAGUUUGAGGAUGUCAGAACAGAGGAAGUUUAACUUUGUUACUUUUCUGCUUGUGUAAGAUACUCAGUUUGUGACAAGUUACUGAGAACAUGAGAAGCCUAAGGUUGCUUAAGAUGGAAAGAGAUGAUACUACAGACAGUAUUGUAAAAUUUAACAAGCAGCAACACUAAUCUGCAAAAGGGAAGGUAUAACCUCAUUAGUGAUGGGUUGAGCUUUAUUUCAGUUUCAAAUUGCUGGAUAACUAGCAAGGCAGGCAUGUUAACAAUACCCAGGAAAUGAUCAAAACCCAUAAAUCACAAUAUCUGGAUUGGGGGGUUUUUUGUGUGUGUGUGUGCACAUAAGCUUAUAAAUGAAGGAAUUUAGACUAUAGAUUUUCACAUCAUGGUAUAAUUGAAGCAGACCUGUUUACUAGCAGCUUGCAAAGGCAUUUAUGCAUUAGUUAAUAGAUUCUUUUAAGCAUUUUUUUUGAACUAGUAACAUAAGUUUAAAAUCACGUGACAACUGUUUCAAGGAAAUAUUUCAUGCUGGCAGAUUUCGUUGAUUUAAGGCAGUGGUUCUCAAAGUGUGGUCCGCGAGCAUAAGUCAGGUGGUCCGCGACUGAGAGUCGUCAUAUGUCAGCAAAGUGAUGUUUAAAAUGAUGCAUUCCUCGCAUUAACAUUUUAAUUACAAAUAACGAGGCAGUUUUGUGUAAACUUAUUACAAUACUACUGUCACAGAAGUACAUUUAGUUUUGAAUUGUAAUGAAACAAAUGCGGCAAUUUAAAUUUGAAAUUCAUAGUACAGUGAUUUUUAGGCCUUGGUGGUUCGCCAUAUUUUUUACUUAGGUAAAGUGGUCCGCGGUCCGAAAUACUUUGAGAACCACUGAUUUAAGGGACUGUUGAUGCCCAUAAAAUGCUGAGUUGUCAUUUCAGAACACAAAGGAGAACAUUACAAAAACAUGAAAUUUCUAUUCUGCCCUGUUAGUAGUUGUCAUAUGUUCACUAUAAUAAUACAAUUUAAAUAUUAUGUUUUCAUGUAGGUCAGCAUCAUUUAGGUAUACAACAAAUCAUUGAAAGUACAGUGUUAAACAAUAACAACCAACCUGUGGUUGAAUGUUUCUUUUUGUGUGUUUGAGGGGUGGGGGUUAAACAGUUUUUGCUCUUCUGCCAUUUUAGUGUAAAAAACUGUUUUUCUUCUUUGUGAAAGGGGAUUCACAUUCUUUUCCUCCAAAGUUAUAGAAUUUCCCCUCUCGUUCCAUUCCUACCCCAAGCUUUCUCCAGUUUUUGACAUGAUGUAAGAGUGAAAAUGAAUCUGCAUUCAAGUUGGGAAAACAUUGUGUAGAAAGGAUGAGCAUUGCAUGCUAGGGAUUUGUGUCAGCGAAUGCAUUUGGGUGUUUCUUUUGUCAUAUGUGGACACAAGGUUGUCCUUGAAGAAUUGCCAGAAAAUCAAGUUUCACCAUGUGGAAAAGCAUUGAGAUGCUCUGAUAGUUUGGCAUCUCAGCAAGGUUUUCUUGUGGAAGUAAAGCAUGUGACAGGGCCUGGACUUGGCAGUGCUCAGUCCAAGACCCACCUUGUGAGGAUGAAAAAUCAGGAUGAGUGUCUCUCUUGCCAUGAUGUGAACUUUUCAGUUAAAAAAACAAUUUACAAGCGACCGCUUUCUCCGAGUGAAGUCAGGCAUAUGUGCAUUGGUGUUCAUUUUCUGAUUAUGUUGGUGGACACUAUGACUGUUUUGUGGCUGGGGGUGGGAAAGCCUCUGUACACGGUAGACCGUGAAAGCCUCGGAUACAAUGAAAAAAAUGUUACAACACUAAUAAACUUGUAUUCUACUCAAGUCUGUGGAGUAUGGGUGAAAUAAAUCAUAUUUCUAUGACA